GGAGGGAUUAUAUAGGCCAACCUAGUCAACGAUGUCAAUUACCGAGAAGGAUCUGUAUCGGGAUACCCCGGUACGCUAUCUAGGAUAUGCGAACGAGAUUGGAGAAGCUUUCCGUCCGGUGAUUAAGAAGAUCUUUGUGCACGCGAGUUAUGCUGUGGCUAUCAGUUACGUACUGGCGGACACGGCCGAUAAGUCGAAGAAACAAUAUGAUAAACCAGAAAUACUUGGAGGAGGAUUCCGUGGAGCGGCCGUUGCAUCCGGUGAUACGCUGUUGUGGCAAAUGUUUGCCUCGGUCAUCAUUCCCGGGUUCACCAUCAACCGUAUCUGCUGGUUGUCUAAAGCUGCCCUAAAAGCAAACAAAGUAAAAGGUCCGAUAGCUAAAUGGGGUCCAACGAUGCUCGGCCUGCUUGCCAUUCCGUUCAUCAUCCAUCCGAUCGAUAAUGCGGUUGAUUACGCGAUGGAUAACACCUAUCGGAAGUACGUUAAAUAA